CUGUUGCCAACUCAAGCACCUAAAGCACCUUUACCCCUCCAGACUACUCCUCAACCAAUCAAACCAAACGUUUCACAACCUGUGAAGCCAGCACCUGCAACCGUUAAACCUGCACAAGAAGCUAAAAGUCCUAGUCAGAUCACACCAAGACCUGUUUACCCUACACCUGCUUCUAAACUGAUAACAACUCCUGGACCUGGAAGUGUUAAACAGCUGGUAACCUUCUACGACAGUCAAGGCAAAGCAAGCCCAAUACGUCCGUAUUCCUACAGCCAAGCUGUAAAGCAAGGUUAA